AUGCCUUCCCCCAUCCCCGAAGCAACUGAGCUCAAGGACCUCCUGUCCCUCAAGGGCAAGGUCGUCGUCGUCACCGGAGCCUCCGGUCCCACUGGUAUCGGAAUCGAAGCCGCCCGCGGCUGCGCUGAGUUCGGCGCCGACCUCGCCAUCACCUACAACUCCCGCUCGUCCGGCGCCGAGAAGAACGCAAAGGAGCUCAGCGAGAAGUACGGCGUCAAGGUCCAGGCCUACAAGUGCCAGGUCGACGACUACGCCAACGUCGAGAAGCUCGUCCAGGACGUCGUCAAGGACUUCGGCAAGAUCGAUGUCUUCAUCGCCAACGCUGGCAAGACCGCCGACAACGGUAUCCUCGAUGCUACCGUUGAGCAGUGGAACGAGGUCAUCCAGACUGAUCUGACUGGCUCCUUCAACUGCGCCCGUGCCGUUGGUCUGCACUUCCGCGAGCGCAAGACUGGCUCGCUCAUCCUCACUGCCUCCAUGUCUGGCCACAUCGCCAACUACCCCCAGGAGCAGACCUCGUACAACGUCGCAAAGGCUGGCUGCAUCCACAUGGCUCGUUCGCUCGCCAACGAGUGGAGGGACUUCGCUCGUGUGAACUCCGUCUCCCCUGGUUACAUCGACACUGGUCUCUCCGACUUCGUUCCCCAGGACAUCCAGAAGCUCUGGCACUCCAUGAUCCCCAUGGGCCGUGAUGCCAAGGCUAAGGAGCUGAAGGGUGCUUUCCUCUACUUCGCUUCUGACGCUUCCUCGUACACUACUGGCGCGGAUCUCAUCAUCGACGGAGGCUACACCACCCGGUAA